AUGGCCUCGUGUCUGUACGAAUGCCUCUGUGAGGCGGAACUUCAAAAAUAUUUCCCGCGUUUUACCGCCCUCGGCUUCCAGAAGAUCGAUGAGCUUGCCAAGGUCUCCAUGAAGGAUUACAGCAAACUGGGAGUUCAUAACAUGAAGGACCGCAAGCGUCUCUUCCAGCUCAUUCGAAUCAUCAAGAUGCUCCAGGCUGAAGAGGAAGCGGUCAGGAAGAAACAGGAAGAUUUCCAGAAAAGCGCCCGACGCCUGCGGCCCCAGCUCACUCGCUCUGGCCCACGGAGACAACUCCAUUUCGAUUCCGAGGGAAAAAGUGAUCGCAAAGAGUUUGAAUCUGGGUCGUCGUGCGUCUUAGCUCACAGCUCUUCGAACGAGGGUAAAGAGGAGGCCGCUGCGGCGUUCGACCAGGAUUCGAUCCACAAAAGACCCAGGAAGGACUCCUUAAAAGCAUCGGCAAGCUGGCCAGAGGACCAGCUGGUAGCUCCAUCUCCAAGUUCAUCGCAUGAUGUUUUAGGAGACACGGACAUUUCCUUUGUACAGAGAGUAGCUCAUAUCUCGGGCUACAAUUACGGAGUGCCUCAUUCUUACACCAGGGGCAAUGCCACCUGCUUUGCGUACGGACAGACAGGGGCAGGGAAGACUUACACCAUGUUUGGCACUCUUAAAACCCCCGGCCUCUACGCCUUGGCUGCUAAAGAGAUCUUCAAGCAAUUGGAAACGCCUCCGGCUAGGAAAGAUCUCCAUGUCUGGAUCAGCUUUUAUGAGAUCUACUGCGGGCAACUUUAUGAUCUGCUCAAUGGAAGGAAAAGGUAUUUUAUCUCUGAGAAGCCCCGGGUUUUUUGGGGGGAGGUCCUGAAGGACUCCUUCGUGGGCAACUCUAAGACGUGCAUGAUUGCCAAUGUGUCACCCAGCCACGUGGCCACAGAGCACACCUUAAACACCUUGCGCUAUGCAGACAGGGUAAAAGAGCUGAAGAGAGGGAUGAAAUCUUGCACCCCUCUGGCCAGCAGACCCCGGUCAACGGGACAUACGUCUCCCAAGCGUAUCCAGAAUCCUCCUUACAUCCAAGGGGGAGGGAAGAGCUCUCCCAAAAAAGUCAAGCUGGGGCUGCAUCACCCUCUGAUGCCCACCCCUUUGUCCAGGGUGAAGGCCUCUUGGCUCUUUCAACCAGCUGCCCUUCCUUUCUCCUCCACGCCAAAAGGACAGGGGCGCAAGGAACCAUUGGGAGCUCCAUGGGCCGGUUGGCCCGGCGCAGAAAGAGGGAUGCCGAAGGCAGAGUCGUUAUCCAAGAAGCCGGCCGAGGAACCUGCAGCAACCUCGGAUAAAAGCUACCCCCGGAAGGACUCGGGGGCCAGGAGAGAAGGUGGCCAGGAGGACAGGCAGUGGGUCAAGUGUCCAAAGGUCGAACCGGUGCGAAAGCAACUGGUCUCCAGGGCUGAUUUUUCCCAUCCCGGCUCAGAUGGCCUGUCGGAUUCCGAAGAAGACCCCGGGAGACUCUUUGCGGAUCAGUGCGUGGCCGCCUGGGCGGGGGCUUCGUCCCGCCAGAAAGACCGAGAGCAGCACCUGCGGCUUUACCACCAGCAGUUCCAGCAGCCUCCUCUCCUCCAGCAGAAACUGGACUACCAGCCCUUGGAAAGGUUUUUAGCUCGGUACAAAUCCCAGGAGGUCCACGUGAGGCCAGAGGCCCCCUGCCCUGACUCCACCUCCCCUCAAGGCCGGGAUGAGACCAUGCAGCUGGAGGAACUCGACGACAGCGACUUCAGCGAGGACUCGUUCUCUCCCGGGCCCGGUCGGAAGAAGCCGGAGAGGGAAGCCGGAACGCAAAGCCACCAGAAUUCCUUUUUCCUCCAUCUGAGAGAUUUCGGGGCUCGAGAACCACGGGACGGAGAAGGCGAGCAGGAGAUGUUUUGCAAAUGGUACGCAUUUGAGAAGGAAGGGAGAGCUUUGCCGAGUGAGGAGGGGUCCAGCAGCUACGAGGAAGGCAGUAGAAGUUUAUGCGAUUGGAGCUCGGGAGAAGCGGUGGGAUUUUCCCCCCACAGGGGCAUCCCAGAGAAACCUUAUUGCUCGAAGGAAGACGAGAAGAUAAAUCCUCAAGCGUUUCCCGUUGCGCAGAAGCCGCCCAGAUCCUCGGAUCCAUCUCACGGUGGCCCCGAUGGACACUUCUCCCCGCCAAGGAAGAGAGCACCAAGUCCGGGUCUCACUGCCCUCUUGCUGGAGCCUCCACGUCCAGAAAAAGCGGGCCUCCCCAAAGCUACAGACUUCCGUGGCGCUUUACACUUCCCCAUGGACCUGGCUGAUGACUCGGCGGCUCCUUUGUCCGUAUCCUUCCUUAACUCGGGAUCAGCAGACAGUCAAGGAAAGAAGAGGAACGAUGGAGAAGGCGACGUCCUUGGACCCAGCAGGCCCUGGGAGGAAGACGCCAGGCACGUCCACGAAGGCAGGCCAGCCUCUGCUUCCAGCAUCUACGAAAUAAAUCAGUGGGGGAGAAAAACGGAGCUGGAUCUUUCUCCGGGGGCCGAAUUCCAGUGGCUUCCUCAGUCUUGCGGCUGUCGAGGGGAUGCGGACCUCUUGGAAGCCACAUCAGCAUUUGGCGAAUGUCUUUGUGGCUACGCUAGUGAAGAUCCUCCGGCUGAAUUCCUUCCUCGGCAGGCGGAGGAAAGGGCCUCGCUUCGCGGAGACCUGCAAACAAGCGAAUACUCAACCAUCUAUGACUCCAAUCCUGAAGUGGAGAAGAUUGCCGUUUCAUGGAGCUACUCAGAUCAUCUGGGUCUGAGGGGGAAAGAGACCCCCGUGCUCUUGGCCCCGUCCAGCCCCCCGGUUGAUAAGGGAGGAGAAACAUCUGCUCCAAAUGCUUUAUCCGGUUCUGAUAAGGCAGGAAACAAACAGCUCUCGGAACGAAGCCCCCCAUCCCAGUCGGAUUUCUCCCACGGGACGGAGCGGCUGCGGCUUUCGGAGGAAGCCUGCAGGGCGGAAGAAGCUCAGAAUAUGCCCAAUUGUGAAGAGAGAGAGCAGGAUUCGGGGGCUGAACCGAAGGGGCCGGUGGCUGAGACUGCAAAGAACUCGUGGAAGGCUUGUGGGCCGGUGGAUUUGACUGAAG